AUGCCCACUAUCUCCUCGCCUCCAUACUUGAUCCACUCACUGUUGGAACCGCGGCCCAAUUUCGAACACCCUCUGGACCCGGCCGCGCGGCGCCAGCAGCUUUCUCUAGGCCUGCGCACGGGCCUCACGCGCACAGGCGUACACCUCUGCCGCCUCGAGCCGCAGAUGGAAAGCACCAUCCUGCACUGGCAUACAGCAGACGACGAAUGGCUCUAUAUUAUUUCAUGCGGGCCGAAUGCGUCUAUUAUUGUCCAUGAAACUAGUGAUGAGGGUAAGGACGAGGUCAAGGAGGUACCUCUCCAGACGGGUGACUUUCUCGGGUUUCCCGCGGGCAUGCGCACGGCGCGCAAGCUCUUCAGCGGAGAUGUUGACAUGCAGUACCUCGUUGGAGGGAGCAGGGAGCCCGUAGAUGUUGUGCAUUACCCAACGUUGGGAAAACGGCUGGUACUUGACCGCACAGGUUCCGGAAGCAGUUGGUGGGUCGAUACGGCAAACGCGCAAGACAGGAAGAAAACUGUCUUCGAUAGCACUCUUGAUUCUCUCAAAUGA